ACAGUAAAAUUUGAAAGUUUCGAUUUUAACCACGUCACUUUGGACAAAAUAUAUACAUAUAUUAAAUUAUAACAAGUCUCGGAACAGUAAAAUUUGAAAGUUUCGAUUUUAACUACGUCACUUUGGACAAAAUUGCUAUGUCGCCCUUCUACUUUUACAACAUCUGAAAAUUUAAUUCCUUCCCACGCCCCUUUCUUUGUGAAUCGAAUGUGACUGUGGUUGUUUGUAUCUCCCAGCGACUAAUAUUUGCAUCUACCCUGUUGUGUGAAAAAUUAUGAUUACAUAUCUUCACGAUUUCCAUCCAACAACUGUUGUGUGAAAAAUUCUGGUUUGUCGAAUCAAGAUUAGAUAUCUCGACGGUUUCCAUCCAACAAUCGACAGCCUAUCAAAAAUACUGUCAAUUAACGCCACCAACAUUAACAACCUGUCUGGGAAAUUUCGGAUUUUGGUUCCAUUCACGAAUCAAGAUUCGAUUUCUCCACGAUUUCCAUCCACAAAUCAAUAAUCGAUUUAUGUCAACAACUACCGUCAAUUCCGGCACCAACCAUCAACAACCUGUGUGAGAAAUUUCGGUAUGUGCUUCGUUCUUUCAAUUUCCUUGGAUUUUGGUUUACUUGCACCUUUCUAAUCAUUUUGUCUUUUUGAGCAACGUCUACGACUUUUUGGGUGUGACUAUCAACAUCCCGUCCAAGAAUCAACAUUAAGUUUCUGUCACCAACAACAUCUUCCAUCAAUUACUGCCACCAUAAGCCUGUUCUACGUUAUUGUUUACAAAAGAGCUACCUCACCAGAUUCGAUAAAGAUUCUACUACAACAAGAAGAUACAUUACCAUUCAACUGUACCAGAAAUGUCGUCUUCAAGGAUUUGUUAGCAAGAGUAAAUAUGCAAGAGAGCAAUCUCCUCAAACAUGGAUAGAAUAUCAAACCUCCACUUUGGCUCACCAGGAAAUUCACUUGAAGUCCGUGUCUUGCGAAAAUGGACACUACAAUUCAGAAAGGACGAGACAUGGUUUAUCGUGAUUGAUGAGCAUGGAGAUACAAUUCAGCUACUUGCUCGAAAGACAAAUCAAGGAUCGAUACAAACUUCAUUAUUAGUCACUCGAUGUUAUCGUAUUAAGGACUAUACAUGCACUGAGCCAGACAAAUAUCAGAAGGUCUUAGAUCACCCAGUACACAUGAAUAUUGGUGAAGCAUCAACAAUUGAGGAAAUACCAAAUCGCAAUGCACUUCCACUAACAUGGUUCCGCUUCAGUCCAAGAUCACACUUUCAAAUGAUAGCAGACAAAAACUUAGAGCAUCCAGAUUUCAUAGGUGUACUCAUCAACAUGAAAGAUCGAAAAAAAAAAAAAGACAAAGAACCAUUCAUGCUUAUGACUUUAACAGAUGAAAAUGCGGAGGAGAUUACCAUACUCUUAUGGAAGGAAUGCAUAGAUUCGCCAGACAAAUUCAAUCGAAAUGCCCUUACAUCAAACUCUAACACAGUGGUACUAGCUUUCACCAAUCUCAAAUCCACUAUGUACAAUGGACAAUUAACAUUGACAAGCACCAGCGCAACACACAUGUACGUCAAUCCCAAUUUACCAGAAACGGACACACUCAUUACAAGAUUUGGUACCCAAUUUCACUCAAAAUCAUCACCAAAUGUGAUAAAUACUACAUUACAACGCUUAAAGAGCUCAGAUUUCUCUCAAAUAAUGGACAAUGUAUAUGUUUUAAAGACCAUACUAUCUGAUUUCACAUUCAAAGACGUAUGGUACCACGUUACAUGUACCACAUGUGGUAAAUCAACACACAAAAAAGGUGAUGGAUGGUUUUGUGUUUCCCAUGGGCCCAUAAAUGAACCAAAACUUUUAUAUAAAAUCUCAGCAGUACUCACAGACAAUACAGAUACCACAACAGUUUUCAUGUCUAAUGAAGCAACCUGUACUCUGCUAAAUGCGACUGCACAAGAAAUCAUAGACGGCUUUCCCAGUCAAGAUAGAAAAACUUUACCUGAACCACUCGAACGUUGUAAAGGGUUGACAAAGAAUGUCUAUGUAGAAUGCACAAAACUUUCUUCCACUAGAAAUAUCUGUUUCACAGUCACCACAAUCAGUGACAUAAAAACACCACAACCAACAAUCUUAUCAACACAAAAAACACAAACUACACGUUCAACACCAAUGGAACAACAAACCACAACAACUAUGGAGUCCCUCACCCCUACUAAAUCACGUGAAACUGGAAAACGCCUCCAAAUGGAAGAUACAGAUACACCAAAAAAACCACGUCCCAAACGAGAGAAAUACAGAAACCACGGCGAAGCAGACGAAGGAACACAUGCCAAAAAGCAAUGAAACUAUUUGAUCUUAUCAUAACAUACUUAGACUUACAUAAACUCUCUUUAUAUAGCUUUAUGUCCAUAUUAUAAACUACAUUACACACAUUAUGUUUAUAUACAAUAAUCUGUAAAUAUUCAA